AUCGGACUUCCUUGUCCAACAGAGAGAUAUAAAUUCGCCUCCUUCCAUCUCCUGCUGGUGUACGUAAAACUUGCACAGCUCCACGAGAUCCGAGUCAGCCACAUCUUGUUUCAUCACAUAAGCACCGAGUGACAGCUCCCCAGCCACAGUUGCACUGCCGCAAUCGUAUCACGACCAAUCAGCGCCCGUCUGUGUUGUUAUUUUGGGCAUUGACCUCACUAAGAUCCUGAUGGUGUCCUGCCGGCUGCUCCACUACCUGGUGCUCCCUACCCUGGCCCUAGUCCUCUCAGUUUGGUAUUUUUUCAAUAACGCAGCUGUGCCUCCACUGCAGCCGAUCCCUGCAACCACCACCCCGACGAACCUCUCUGCCCCAGCCAUGUCUUCGGGUCUCAAGUCGGUGGCGUACUUCGUCAACUGGGCGAUUUACGGCCGGAACUAUAACCCCCAGGAUAUCCCCGCCGAUAAAUUGACCCAUGUGCUCUAUGCAUUUGCCAACGUUCGCCCAGAGUCUGGUGAAGUCUAUCUGUCUGAUACUUGGUCAGACAUCGAGAAGCACUACCCCACGGACUCCUGGAAUGACGUCGGCACCAAUGUCUAUGGCUGUGUCAAGCAGCUGUUCUUGCUCAAGGCGCAGAAUCGGAAGCUGAAGGUCUUGCUCUCCAUUGGGGGGUGGACCUAUUCUCCCAAUUUUGCCCAGGCCGCUAGCACUGAUGCGAGUCGGGCGAACUUUGCGACGACUGCGACUAAAUUGGUCACUGAUCUUGGCUUUGAUGGCAUUGAUAUUGAUUGGGAGUAUCCCAAAAAUGAUACGGAGGCCCAGAAUAUGGUCUUGCUUCUUCAGAAGUGCCGCGAGACUCUGGACGCAACAGCCGGUGCGAACAGAAAGUUUUACUUGACUAUCGCCUGCCCAGCUGGUCCUGAUAAUUACACCAAGCUCAAGCUCCCUCAAAUGACACCCUAUCUCGAUUUCUACAACCUGAUGGCUUAUGACUAUGCAGGAAGUUGGGACACUGUUGCUGGUCACCAGGCGAACCUGUAUCCUUCGACUAGCAAGCCAGCAUCCACCCCGUUUUCUACCAAUCAAGCAGUGAACUACUACAUGCAGACUGGCGGGGUCCCUGCGUCGAAAAUCAUCUUAGGCAUGCCGUUGUACGGACGGUCCUUUACUAACACUGCCGGACCCGGGACCGCCUAUUCGGGUGUCGGACAGGGAAGCUGGGAGCAAGGCGUCUGGGACUACAAGGCCCUGCCCCGUCCUGGCGCCACUGAAUCUGUGGAUGCCAGCAUUGGCGCAUCCUGGAGCUACGAUGCCAGUGCGCGGACCAUGAUCUCAUACGACAACGUGGCCGUGGGCGAGCAGAAGUUGAACUACAUCAAGCAGCUUCAGCUCGGGGGUGGCAUGUGGUGGGAGACCAGCGGCGACAAGGGGGGCAAGACGGCCAACAAAGCAGAUGGUAGCUUGAUCGGAACCUUCGUGGAAGGGGUGGGCGGCGUGGCGGCGUUGGAUCAGACGCACAACGCGCUUUCCUAUCCUGAAAGCAAGUACGACAACUUGAAGAGGGAGUUCCAGUAGGAUCGAGAACCCUCUUUAUGAUCUGAUAUUACGGCGAACAUGUUUAUCUGCUUAAGACGCGUACUUGCUUUACGGGGUCAGAUAUACUACACGAAAAACCGAGAUCUUAAAUGGAUGUGGUUUCGAAUUUUUUUCAUUUAUCAUUUCGAAGUCACUGUUGGGGCGAUCCAAGCGCACACGCCCCGAACC